CGGGUACCAGCCUUACAUGGCCACCUCUCCAAGCUCCUGCCGGCCUCCCCAGCCGCGCUUAGAACCGUCUAGGUUUCCUGCUUCCAGAAGCAGCAGCUGUCCAGAUCUGGCGUCCCGAUGCCUCCCACACAUGUAAAAACGUCUCUGUGGUGCAGGAUGAAGGCCAACACCCUCGCUUGCCCACAGCCCGGCCAGCUGCCCAGCUCACCUCUGCAGCCUCAGUCCUCCCUGCCCUGCCCUCUGCCCUGCAGCCACCUCCGAACAGUCUGCAGUCCCUGCCCCCGGGCUCUUUCCUCCCUCCCUGCCUUUGCCAUGCUGUUGCCUGGACCUGGGGUGCCGCUCCCCCUCUCUCCAGGUGAUCUCUCUCAUCCUUCAAGGCCCAAGUCUGACGCCCCUCCCUGACUUCCCCCGUGGGGGGGGCGGGACCGCGCUGUCACCUGUGUGGCUGGGAGAGAACACCAGCAGGGUCUCUGCGGAUGCCAGUGGCCUUUGUGAGCACUCGCUGUGGCUGCGAAGCACAGCAGGCCCGAGAUGCAGAAACUGAGGCUCAGAAAGGAGAAUGACGUGCCUGAGGGUCUGAAGCAAGACUGGAUUUGAAUCUGACCACCAGACCUUUUCCCUGUCUCAGUGCCAGGCCGCCCUGAGAAGCUUUUAGGGAACCUGCCAUGUUCAUCCCCUGUGAGCUGCCUCCCAGGCCGAGUCCCAGGGAAACAAGUCAGCAAAGGAAAAGCAAAACGUCAGUGGACGAGCAGGUUCAUGCAGCUUCAUCAGUAAUGCUGACACCAAGAAACAGCCGUUACUCAGUGUUUGGAAAGAGGAGAAAGGUUAGGCCAAGCAGAGGCGAUGCCCUCAGUGAGACAGUCUGCAGGCACCGAGAGGAUGAAGUAGCUGCCGUGGAAGGUGCAUAUAAAACGCCACUCAUGCCGCAGUGCCAGGACUGCACCUUCUUCAAUAAGAAGGACAUCCUCAAGCUCCACGCACGCUUCUACGAGCUGGCCCCCAACCUCGUCCCCAUGGACUACCGGAAGAGCCCUAUUGUUCACGUGCCGAUGAGCCUCAUCAUCCAGAUGCCGGAGCUUCGGGAGAAUCCCUUCAAAGAAAGGAUCGUGGAGGCUUUUUCUGAGGAUGGCGAGGGAAACCUCACCUUCAACGACUUCGUGGACAUGUUUUCCGUGCUGUGCGAGUCGGCCCCGCGGGAGCUCAAAGCCAACUACGCCUUCAAGAUCUACGACUUCAACACCGACAACUUCAUCUGCAAGGAGGACCUGGAGCUGACCCUGGCCAAGCUCACCAAGUCGGAGCUGGACGAGGACGAGGUGGUGCUCGUGUGCGACAAGGUCAUCGAGGAGGCUGACCUGGAUGGUGACGGCAAGCUGGGCUUCGCGGACUUUGAGGACAUGAUUGCCAAGGCCCCUGACUUUCUCAGCACAUUCCACAUCCGGAUCUGAGGACACGGCUGAGGCUGCAGGGCCCUGGAAACCCACCACGCAUCCAGCCCCUGCUGUCCACAUGGGCGUGGCCUCCCGGCUCUCCAGGAAAGGAGCUGUGGCCUCAGGGCCACGUUUCCGGGGCCCUUUCAGCAAAAACCCUUAACCGGGGAAGGGGUGUGUGAGAGCAGGACCCUUCUCAGGGCUCCCUGGGGUCCAGCCCCAGGACCACAGCUCUUCUGCAGGCCCUCCCAGCCGCCCCCAGACCUGGUCCUGUCCCCAUCCAGAAAUGCGCCCCUGGAGGGGAAGGCAGAAAGCGUAACGGGAGGUGGUGGGACCUGACGUGCCGGAUGCUGGGCAGACACAUGGUCACCAGGGCAGGGUGGGAAAGAAGAGGUCAGAGUUCUAACACGCUAUACAGUCUUCUCCCGGAACUCCAGGCUGGACUGCGCCCACCCCCGCCUAUUUCCCUGUCCCCACCCCUUCAUGACGUGAAGCUGUGGGAUACAAGGGCUCUGUCCCUGGCUCUGCACCGCGGUCACGAGCAUCACCCGCCCACCCUCCGCGGUGCUGUGCAGUCUUCACUGGUGCGUGCUGUCCACAGAUCUGUGAACUCCCGGUAGUAAAACACAUUCGUGCUCCCGCA